ACAGCGCAGUUCAAUUCGGGAUUCAAUUUGUAAAGCAUCAGAGCUGAGGUUCUGUCGAACCUGCCCCUUUUCCGAUCAAAAGGCGGGUUCUGCUCUUCACGCGAUUUCCUUUUGCUCAUUUCAAUACGCUUAUCUUCUUACAUCACGUUACUGUUAUUAUUAUUAUUAUCAAUACUAAUAAUAAUACCCUCCCCCGUUUGGCACACGACUGAGCCGAGCGCCGUCGCCGCCUCGCUCCUUCUGGUGCUGAAAAAUUCUGAGUGAGAAAGAGAGAGAAGAAGACAGGAGAAGAGAGCGAGGAGAUCGGAGCCACUGCGGGCUCUUUAUUCAGAGGGAAGGAUAAACAGGGAUUUUAGGCGACGUUUCCAUCCCCACCGAGAUGCUGAGAGGGGCACUGCAAUCUGCAAUGGCGUCAGGGAUUCUCACACUGUGGGUCUCCUGCUCCCUGCAUGUCCUACUGGUGCAAGGCAACGUUAAUGGUCAACUAAAUUCAGUGACGAACAAUGAAACUUUCCAGCCAGUAACCUCGGAUGAGAUAGUGGUGGCUGGAGGAACAGUUACGCUGACCUGCCGGGUGGCCAGAAAUGAUAACUCAUCCCUACAGUGGUCCAACCCAACUCAGCAGACUCUGUAUUUUGGCGAGAAGAAAGCAUUGAGAGAUCAUCGCAUCCAGCUGGUGGAGUCCACUCCUACUGAAUUGACCAUCAGCAUUUCAAGUGUACACUUGGGAGAUGAGGGAGAAUACACCUGCUCAAUCUUCACGAUGCCAGUCCACACAGCAAAGGCCACUGUCACGGUGCUAGGGGUGCCACAAAACCCUCUGAUUUCAGGCUACCACAGCCCAGUGAAGGAGGGCGAGGUGUUACACCUGACCUGUCUGACCCAUGGCAGCAAACCAGCCGCAAGACUGAGAUGGUUUAAAGGACUCGAGGAGCUACAGGGCAAAAGUCAUACAGAACAAGACUCCAAUGGCAGGACAUUCACCGUGAUCAGUAAUGUUGAGCUGAACGUCACUCAGGCAGACGACAAUGUGGACAUCACCUGCUCUGUUGAUCAUCCAUCCUUGCAGCAGGCUGAGAAGACAAGCAAGCAGAACAUUAGGGUUCAAUACAAGCCUUCAGUAACUAUUGAACCAGAACCCACCAUGCCUCGUGAGGGGGAGAAGUUCUACUUGCGAUGCCAUGGCUAUGGCAACCCAGAACCUUCCAAAUUUGAGUGGAGUAAGCAGGACAGUGUGCUUCCAGUGCUAGCAAAGGCAGACGAUAACUUUCUACGAUUUGAAGCUCUGAACAAGUCUGACAAUGGCGUCUACGUCUGCAAGGCGUCCAACUCAAUGGGCUCUGGAUCAGCAGAACACAAGCUUUACGUGCAAGAUGUCCAUGCUGCCCUCUCUCGCCCUUCGCUCUUUCCCUUCACCAGUGUCAACAGCGCUCUUCCACCAGCCAGGGAGUCACCUUCGCCCACUGCCAGCUCGGCCAGGAGCAAUACCAUUGGGAGAGCAGAUCCCAGUGCCAUUCUUGCAUCCUCGAGUAUAGAUCACGCGGUGAUCGGUGGAGUCGUGGCCGUCAUUGUCUUCAUCCUGCUCUGUCUUCUCAUAGUGCUGGGGCGAUACCUCAUCAGACACAAAGGCACCUACCUGACGCAUGAAGCGAAGGGCUCAGACGACGCCGCAGACGCAGACACGGCCAUCAUUAAUGCUGAAGGGGGACAGGCUGGUGUGGAGGACAAGAAGGAGUACUUCAUCUAAGGAACUGGAGAGGGCAAGGGAGGAAGGAACAGGAGUGUGAUAAAUAAAAACAACAACAACCAACAAACAAAACAAGAGGAGAUUGAAACAACAUGAAAUAAGCCAGAAAUGGGCGAGGACAGUCAAACAUGGGGGGGUGGGGGUUGGGGGUGCAGUGUCGGUCCUUAAUUAGCUGGUCAACAAACAUAUCUAUCUAUCUAUCUAUCUAUCUAUCUAUCUAUCUAUCUAUCUAUCUAUCUAUCUAUCUAUCUAUCUAUCUUAUCUAUCCAAUCUCUUAUCUCCUGUCUGUCUUUCGAGGCAUAUGCAACUAACUCUUCAUUGUUUUUGAACUACCUUCCCCUGUACGAGACGGACUUAUGGACACAACAUUCAGAUCUUUGCCAGCUUGGCUGCCAACAGAUUUAACCCAAACAGGACACAGGCAGCCCUCAAUUUCAAAUGUAUUGAUUCCCCUCUGCUGGGGGCAGUCAGAUUGGACCAAACUGUUUUUAUCCUCCUUAACUCUAUCACAUCUUUGCGUUACUAUGAUGCCCUGAAGCCAUGCCGUCAGUUUUGCCUAAAAUCACAGCAUGAUGUCAGGCGGGUAAGCAAAGAUAAGCGUGGCUCAGGUGGCCUGUCAAGAGUCCCACAGGUGACCAUAAGUAGAUGAGAAGUAGCAUAUUAAAGAAACCAAUGAAAGGAAAUCCACCUGUUGUGUUCUGUAGAGAUGCAUGGGAUUUGCCCUUUUGUGCCCCUUCUGCAGGUCUCACUUUUAUUCCCCCUCCCCAUUCAGCUGCAUUUGUCUUACAUAUCUGCAAACAAAUCACGCAGAACCAGCUUCUGCAGCGUGGCAACGAGGAUCAUCUACUAACUGUCUGACAGGCACAGAAGGAGAGCGAUAUCUGUUUUCAAAAGGGGAAUGUCUUCUUUUAGAGGGGUCAUUCAUACAGAGUAGCCAAUGUCUGCCUAGGUCUCGGGAUCAUACUUCAAAGUGAGCCAGCUGAAAGCAGGGAUGCUCCUUGUGAUGUCACGAAGGGCACAAUCUUUCAUCUAAAUGGCUUCAACAUAUAUUAGGAACAUAAAUACUAAAAAUGAUACAUUCCCAUGCCGGUCGGAGGCAUUCUGGAGAAGUGGACGGGAAAAACAUGUUGUAUACAACAUAACUUUGUAUUACAAAAGACAAUUUGAUGUCCUGGCAGUUACUGUAAAUAUGCGAUCUAUCUAUCUAUCUAUCUAUCUAUCUAUCUAUCUAUCUAUCUA